GAGUGAGAGCUAUGUGCAGAUAGUCGCGGCGCAUGAGCAGAAGCCAAAACAAUCCAAAACCGUUUUCUGCUAUUUCGGUUUACGUUAUACUUAAUCCAUAUUGAUUCUGAUAUUAUUUAAAGAGAAGUUAAAAUGAGGCUUACUUUAGUUAACUUUUUCAAAGGGCAGUACCGUGGCAACAUGUUUAGUGGGAAGCGUAAGGUGCCUAAUAAAAUACGCUACUGGAUGAGAAGGGACCUUAUUGAAGACAUUCAGAGAGAGGAGCAGAAUAUGUUGUGGCUUCGACACCAUUACUUAAGCAAAGAACAAGUCAAAGGUUAUCGUUAUGAUCUCCAAAAAAACGAAGAAUUUUUCAAGAAAGUUAUUGACGCCAAGAAGAGCAACUUUCCAAAACAUGUAACAGUAGAAACUCAUCUUGGUUACCUUCGCCAUUUGGAUAGCUGGGAGAAUUUCAAAUAAUGUCAUAAGUCAUAGGAUAAUAGUUUGUUUCUUUUUUCUCUUCCCUGUUAUGUUUCCAGGCUGUACCUAUUUGUAUAGAAAUACACCUCUGGGCACCAGAUUAAUA